AUGCACAUUCCUAAUGGAAAGAAGCGCCGUCCGGCUGUCAGUUCGCGCAAAAAAACAGACCAUGACCGUCUCGACUCCAUCAGCUCACCGGUCGCUAUGUCUUCGCCCUCGGCCGAGUUCUCAUCCUACACCCCUGACUCAAAAAUGUUGUGGCUCACGUCUCCCAAUGCCAUCAUGCAAUCUUUAAUGGAUGCGGCCGAUCCAGACCUUUACGCCUACAGAGACCCCUUUGCGGCGGACGACGUCACUCCAUCCCCAACUAUUCUUCGGGAGCUCGUGGGCUUCUACCUUCAAUACAUGCACCCAAUCCAUGGUCUUGUAGACCCUCAAGCGCCGGAUUUCUGGACAAGGCUGGACCUUCGAAUGGAACCCAAGGUUGCCUCGAUUGUUUACGCCAUGUGCACGAUCGGAGCCGUCUUCAAGUCGUCUACUCCAAGUCCGGGAGUUCGAGACGACCUUGUGUACGAAUUCUACAGACGGACAUGGACUCUCAAGGACGAGCGGCCACGGGACAUUGUCACCAUCCAAACAAUCUUGAUCAUGCACAGUUUCUUCGACCUCACCAGCCAAGUGGACGAAGCCAACUCGUCGUUUCGUCUUAUGGCCGAGAUAGCUGACGAGAUCGAGCUGGGAACCCAUGUGCUAGAGUUGGCCCAUCGGGAGAAGCUUUCCAAGGAGGACAUUCUUGUGCGGAAUACAUGGAGGCUGUUUGUUUGGAACGAGGUCAUGGGCCUUACGAUCUCUAAACAGAGCGGCAAGGUUGUUCCGACCAAAGACCUGUCAAGUAGUGCAUUGGAUGUGCGGCCGGACGAAGUACCGGGGUCAAAGACACCCAUCGCCGAAGUCGUCCACUACCACCUCGGUAAUCUGUUCAAGAUAUUCCAGUCGAUCACCAGGAUCAAGUUACCCAUGUCUUCACGUGAUCUUCACGCCGUUACCAACAUCUUGGAUGCAUUCAUAGCCUGGCACAACAGCCUCCCUAAGCACCUACGCAGCCCAGGUUCCCGGACGACUUUUGCCAGUGGGAAGGGGACAGUAUCACCGUCAGCCUACGCACUCGACCUCUACUUUCGCCUUGGUCACAUCCUGCUCCUGAACAGUCUCCCGUCCUCCGUCCGAUCGAGCCCAACAGGUUUGGGUCCAAGACGAGAGUCUCCUCUGAGGAUACUGGCUACCUGUGCCAAUGGCAUCACAGCAACUGUAGGCGAUCUGAUCAAAGAGCCAGAGCUGCGGAACUACUGCAUGGCCCAUGGAUUGCGCUGUCUGGCGGAGGCGGCUAUGCUCCAGUUGGCCAACUCCAAGGAACUCGAUCCCGCUAUCUCGACACCAGCCAAAGUGAACUUUAUGAAGACCCUGUGGUGCAUACGACAGUUCAAUUUUUCCCUGCCGCUGGACGUGCUCAACCAGACUUUGGCUCCUUUUGAUACCGUUGGCAAAAUUCCGUCGUCAUCCUCGAACCAGGACAUUGCCCAUACAGAGUCGUCCAAAAAGACCUUCCGCCCACGGACGUCAUCCGUUUCAAGUGUGUCGAUGGAGUCGCCGGUAUUUUUUGCGCCACCAAGGGCCAAACGCGACAUCUCUUUGGCGUCCGACUACAGUUCAUCGACAACGUCGGCACAAGAAGGCUCCCACCCAACAAUAUACGAGGCUGAUGAGCUAGACACAAAACACGCCAUAAGGAUAGCUCCUGUCAGCCCCCUGCAGGAUGGCGCUGCUGCGUCAUUACUCGCUCUUUCUCUCGAGUCUCCAACAACUACCCAGAGUUUGGCAACUACUGCCUUGGCCUACAAUCGUCCUCCGGAAAGUCCGCUAGAUGGGGCGGAGGUGCUGACGAGUCACACGCUUUCAUUAGCCCGGGAUGAGUACGAAGGCGACCGAUCUCGCUCCUCGUCCAUAUCUGUCCUCUCGCUCAGAACAGAGAGUCCAACCGCCCACUUUGUCUCCUUCACCGAUGUCCAGUCCCACCCUGCCAUGAGCCAGCGCUCAUCCUUGCCGGCGCCAACAAGACGUGAGCCUGCGGAUUCACAUUCUCUCCAUAUUCAAGACUACCGGCCCCCAUCAGACACUCACCCUCACCCUCUCUCACCCCGGCAAUCUCGCGCAGACCUACAACGCCCAUUAUACCACCGAUCCAUGAAUACCUUCCCACCACCACAUCAUGAGGGCUCAUGGACAAGUCACGAUGGCCAUCACCAUAGAGGCGCCUCAGCACACGACGAUGUCGUUCUCUGCUGGCCAGUGAACGCCAAGACACCAGCAGUACCCAGUAUGCACGACAUGACGAAUCGCACCAAUACGGACAGACACAGUGGAGAUCUGCGUCUGAGCAUUCAAAUCAACCCUCUGGUCCUCAUACCCGCCCCAAAGAACACAACCAACGGAGCCCCAGAGAGACGCGGCACCCGCGAGAGAUGCGGCCGCAGAGCAACACAGGGCGGGAUAUGGAUGCAUACCGGACCCAACAACAAGUUUCAGAGUUUCACGAUCCGCCUCCGUCUCGUCCUCAUGGCCAUUAUCACCCCUCCCGUCGCUUGGACUCAAAAGCUGGCGUACGCAUCGAGAGCAGUGGCACAAGGGGCGACGUCUUUUCCUGAGGAUAGGCGGAGAGAGCUGCCGCUCGGUUCUCAGGACCCUGCAUCACCACCCUCGCACCGACAAGACCAAGAGCCUGUACAUGCCCGUUUGGAGUUUGAGGCGCGCAUGGAGGAAAAAGCUCGACUCCGACAUCAUCAUCAACAACAGCAACACCACCACACGUACCAUCGACACUCUAUAGACGAGAGCGUGAUGAGCCUCUCGACCGUCCCUGCUCGCACGCCCAUAGAGCAGUCAAGUCGAGGGGAUGUCACAAAGAUGGAGAUGUAUGAACAAGAGUCGUCUCAGAGUGUUGUCGACUUGAGUUCACCCCAGUGGUCUAUCUCGCCUCAGUCGACAACAGCCAGACCCAUUGCGAUGCCGAGCAGUCGAACCGGCAGCAGAAGGCCUUCGGCAGUGGCUAGGCAGGAGUCGCCACGGUUCCGGGAAGCCCCGAGUCGUGAUCGUGGGACAGGAUCUAGUUCUGAGGAGCCUUUUCUGGGCGGUGGUGGUAGCGGUGGUCAAGACAAGGGCAGUGUGCCGUCAGAAGGUCGCGCGGAACCGACGCCGUCGUUGCAUGCAGGACGGAAACGGCCCUCGAUUUCGAUCCUGCGUUUCCGAGAGACCAGCAGCUGCAACAUCCUCUCGCCGGCGAGCAGCACCCUCCUGUGGAUUAUCGUCGUCAGUAUCGUCCCACUGAGCACCCCCAGCAAGGCAGACCAGAGAGAUAUCAGCCCUAUCCGCUCUAUCGGUCGAUAUAUCCUCCACCUCCACCGCCCCAUUCGCCACAGGACGUUGUCCGACUCUAUCGCAGUCAGGAGAUACCACCAAGCUAUGAUCCUGCGACCUAUCCAGUCGAUAUCCCAACCACUGGCGCAACAGGAAUGGCCAUCAGCAGACCCGCGUCCUGUUGCUCUUGGGUCCUCAACCAGCAGGGGCGACGGCCAUGCAGAUGCGGACGAGGCGAUGUCUUCAGGGUACUCGGACCUAAUACGAGAUCCCGUCAGGCGAAAGUACCACUAG